AAAAGAAUUGGGAGGGACUGGAGCGAGCGUAGUAGCUUGGGCGAUUGUGAAAUGGCGAAGGAGAGUAAUCUGUCGAGCUUGGUUCACGAACUCCGUGAACGGGUGGCCGCAUCCGCCUCCACUCCGGCUAACAACCUCCGUCACUCUUCCGGAGACGAAGAAGAUGCUCUAGAGAUUCGAUUUCGGGAUGUCUUCCCUAAUCUUUUGAAUACCUACGUUGUUCCUUCUCUCGGCAACGGGAGGGAAGUUACAGCUGUUCUGAAGCUUGUUGGUCACACGGCAAGGAACAUUCCAGGAGUCUUCUAUCACGGAAACCCUUGCGCUAUCCUCCCUGUCAUUGCUCGUAUUAUUCCCUUCUUUGCACAACCUGAAUUUGUUCAUGGGCAUGGAGUAUUACUUGAAACUGUUGCCUCUCUCUUAAUGUUGCUCCGUUCCAACUCACGGAAGGCAUACCGGAUGUUCUUCCAUGACGCUUUGCAGGCCAUUCAAGGUUUGCUUCAAAAACUGCCUCCCUGA